UUCUAAGUUCGUUGGGCUGUACUAUCACCGACAUAAUUUACAUUUAUAUUCCAGACUUUUCUUUCCUUCUUUCAAUUUCCAGACAUAUCAACAUCAUCAGCAUCAUCUUCUAAUAUAUUAUAUAAAUAUAUAUAUAUAAGCUCUCCCAAGCAAUUUUCUGCAGGCUACUUUUCUCUCAUUCUCUCAAGAAUUCUUCUCUUGGCCUGCUCUCUCAUGUACGUGCGUACCCCUCUCUCAAAAGAAGCCACAUAUGGACCGAUGUCGCCGGAAACGAGCCAAGAUCUCAACUUUUGAGUCUGAAGAGGUUAGUAGCAUUGAAUGGGAGGUUAUAAACAUGACUGAACAAGAAGAGGAUCUCUUCUAUAGAAUGUAUAGACUUGUUGGAGAAAGGUGGGAUUUAAUAGCUGGCCGGAUUCCAGGCAGAAAACCUGAAGAAAUAGAGAGAUUUUGGAUCAUGAGAAAUUGGGAAGGGGUAGCAGCUGGUCGAAGAAAAUUGCACAAGAAAGACAGUCCCAGAUCAGUACUGUUUGCACUUUGAGUAAUUGUUUUGUCGUCGAUCUUUAAUUAAUUAUUAACUUUAGUACCAGUUUUUAUUUAUUUCUUUUUAUUUAUUCUCGAAACUCUGAUCGAAUGGAUAUUGGAUAAUUAUGAACAAUCUCCCGGAACCUUCCUCUUUUUGCA